AGUGAUAGCUGCUUGGCAUUUCUCAGGGCGGGUUUGCUGAUGUGACAACAAUGAGACAGUACCAAACAGGGGUGGACUGACAACUCAUGGGGCCCCCAGGCAAUAUGGGAUCAUGGGGCUCCUGUGUCCUUGCCCAAACAAAAAAGCCUAUGAAAAAGGUACCAGGGGCAUCUCAUGGGGCCCCCUACUGACCCCGGGCCCUCGGGCAGUGCCUGAGUAUCCAAAUGGUCAGUCUGCCCCU